AUGAAGUCAGCCAUCCUUGCCAUUACGACGGCUGCCCUGGCUUCUGCUCUCUCCGAACGGUCGACCAGCGCAAGUCCCCCACAAACUCUGGACCGCGUAUGGUCCGGUGUUAAGCAGAGCGGCAGUGGCUUCACUUCAGUGACAGGCACAUUCACAAUUCCAAAAGGCGGCAAAAGCUUUGGGCCUUCUAUUUGGGUCGGAAUCGAUGGUUCCACCGAAUGUCCCGGACGCGGGCCAUUGCAAACGGGCGUCAGACUCACUGGCAAUGGCACAGCGUUUGGCUGGUUUGAAUGGGUUCCCCUGAGCGCACCGAUGUUUAAGAGCUUGGAAGUCAGUGAGGGAGACGAUAUCAGAAUGACCAUCAACGCCUACGGACCUUCCAGUGGCUCCGCUAUCCUGGACAACCUCAGCACCGGGCAGAGCUGGAUCGUCGAGGACUACAAUAAUUCUGGGGGAAACGAUACCGGCAUCGUGGCGUCUCCCGACUACGGCACCAUCACUAUCCGAGAUGCGUCGGCGCAGGGAUCGACGGGUAAAGUCACUCCUGAGGGCGGCGAACUGAUUGAGCUGUUCGAUACAAGAACCAGCACUGUCUUGUCGCGGUGCUCUGUUGAGAACGAGGAGGUUGUAUGCAUGUAUGUUGGGUCAGCGACUGACAACUAA